UACUAGAUUCCUAUCACUUUAGUUUACACACUAGUUACCUUUCUCUUUCUGCCUAACUUAAUCAACUAGCGAAUUACAACAGUAUUGAAAAUAUCCAAGAAGGAGAGCAAAUAUCAUUAACAAAAAAUUAAACAGGCAGAAUUCGGUUAGAAGCCUUAUCUUCGAUUGACCUAUAUAUAUGUGUGUAUAUUUAGUCAUGAAGCAAUUACCAUUAUUUCAUCAGAGAUACAACAAGCAAUACACCAAAGCAUAUUUUGUGUCUUCAUCCUUUAUUAAUUAAUUUCUUACACGAUGACAGCCAUGAAGAGAAGCAGAGAAGAUGAUGGUGAAGUAGAAGCACAAGCCAUGGCUAACUGCUCCAUGCUUUUGUCUCGUUUAAACAAUAACACUUCAUCGUUUGAAUGCAAGACAUGCAACAAACGAUUCUCAUCUUUUCAAGCACUUGGCGGCCACAGGACGAGUCAUAAAUCGCUGAGAUCAUUAUCCAUAGACGCCAGAAGCAAAUCCAAAAAACCAAAGAAUAAUAUGCACCAGUGUUCUAUUUGUGGGAUGGAGUUCUUUAUGGGGCAGGCUUUAGGUGGACAUAUGAGGCGUCACCGUGCCCCAAUCAAUGUACCAGUUUUGAAGAAGUCGAAUAGUAGCAAGAGAAUAUUAUGUCUGGAUCUUAAUUUAACCCCUGAUGAUCAGAACGAUGAUUUUAAGUUAUGGCCAACGGCACCUGCUCCUGUUUUGCGCUGCUUUAUCUAAUUCCCUCGAUCACACUUCCAUUACUUUUAAGUUAUGGACUAGAACAUGUUUUUCUUUUUUGGUUAAUUACUUUUUUAUUCUUUUCGACAACUGCCUUCUGUUUUGGUUUUGUAUAUAUCAACAUUCUAUAGCUAUCAUAGGAGUACUUUUUUUCUAUA